ACUCACGAAUGUAACGGCGUUACCCAGGUCAACUCAGAAAUGCGAAAAAACUAAAUUACCAUCUGUCCUAAAUACUACAGCCCGUUUGACCGCCAAAGGGCUGGUUGGGGAACGAUGUUAUGCUCGCGGUCUGAAUCGAGACCCAGGCCAACGAGGCAUUCUAGGAGGCAUGGUAGUUGGACUCCGGCGGGCUGAUCGUGCACACAAUGUCCAAGGUCAACCGUGCCCAAGCUGUGGUACCUCCAGCUCAUGGGAGAUCAUCCGUGGGGGCACAGGCCGGAGAUCGGCGGUCGAGGGAGGCGGGCCGCGGAUCCGAGCUCCGGCGGAGGGUGGCGAGGGCGACGCGGGGCUGGAGGAGGUCUGGGAGAAGCUCCUUGUCCACCUCCGUGAGGCGGCGGAUCGGAUGAAGCUGGUGGUCCUACUUCCUACUGGCGGGUCUCCGGAGAAGCCGGAACCGGAUCCGAAACCCGAGGCGGAUGCGGAGCCGUCUUCAUCGACGGCGGUGAGGCCGUGGAAUCUGAGGACGAGGAGAGCGGGGUCUAGAGCCCGGAUGGGGAUCGAGCGGCACCUGAGCGUCUCUCCUCCCCGGCCGUCGGUGGCGAUGGAGAGGAGGACGGUCUGGCUGAGGUCGGAGGACUUGGAGCGAAGGGACCGGCCCAAGUUCUCGAUCACGCUCACGAGGGAGGAGAUCGAGGAGGAUAUCUCCGCGGUGACGGGAUCCCGCACCCGCCGCCGGCCCAAGAAGCGGUCUCGCGUCGUCCAGAAACAGCUCGACGCGUUGUUCCCUGGUUCAUGAUUGUAGAAGAUAACGGCAGACACGCUCCGGGUUCCAGAAUAGAGCCCCCCAGACCCAGGACCUGAGGCUUCCAUCUCUGCCGUCAGUGAUGAAUCCCGAGUUGAAGGCGGCCCGGCCUUCAGAGCUCUAUGUGAAUGGCCAGCUGGGCACGCAGCUCUUCAAGACCGAGCGGGUGGCGCUCUGCGCCUCCUUCAGCUCUACCAAUCCCAACUGGAACGAGGACCUUCUCUUCGGAGCUUUUCGAACCUUUCGUCAUCAUGAUUGUGCUGGAGGACACUGACUGCAGACAAGUCAUGGGCUAAGCGAGGGUGGCGCUCUCGACCGUCCACUGGCACCUGGACGAUCGGGCGGACCCGCAGUUGCAGUGGCCCAACCUGGCCCGCGGGGCGGAGGCGGUGGCGGAGGGUCCGGAGCA